AUGGAGCUGUCGGAGGAGGAGGACGCGGGCGCUCAGGCGGCCAACUUCGAGUACAUGGGCGCGCACCAGGCCUUCAGGGACCGCUGGAAGGAGACGGACGACAGCAUGUGCCGCCACAGCAUGUCCUUCCACCUGCACCACACGCUGAGGAGCGAGUUCUUCGCCAGCUACCUCUACCUGCUGGAGAAGAUCCCUCUGGUCAAGCUGUUCCCGGUCACCUGCGAGUACAUCAAGGGAGAGAAGCAGUUCUACUACCGAGCGCAGCAGUUCUACGAGGACGUUCCCGCCUCCGAGGAGGGCAUGAUGGGAGACUUUGUGGAGAUCUCCAACGUGGACCUGGAGGCCUCCCGGCAAUUCCUGCAGAGGUUUGUGGGACCCGGGAAGGCCGGCACCCACUGCGCCCUGGACUGCGGCUGCGGGAUCGGCCGGGUCACCAAGGGCGUGCUGCUGCCCGUCUUCGAGAAGAUGGAGAUGGCAGACAUGAUGGAGCACUUCCUGCUGCACGCCCACGAGGAGUACCUGGGCGACGACGCCGACCGCAUCGAGACCUACUACUGCUACAACCUGCAGGAGUUCACGCCGCCCAAGAACAAAUACGACGUGGUCUGGAUGCAGUGGGUGGCCUGUCACCUGACCGACAAGGACCUGCUGAACUUCCUGAUUCGCUGCAAAAAGAGUCUGCGUCCGAAUGGCGUCAUCAUCCUGAAGGACAACAUGGCGCGCCAGGGCUGCAAGCUGGACCCCAUCGACAGCAGCAUCAGCCGCCACCUGGACAUCAUGAGGUGCAUCAUCGGCAAGGCCGGGCUGGAGAUCCUCGCCAUCGAGAGGCAGGAGGGCUUCCCCGAGAUCAUCAUGCCGGUCUGGAUGAUCGCCAUGAAGUAGAGACUUCUUCAGCCGAGGAGGAGGACGCAUGGGGACCUCCACACCGAGCCCUGCUCGACGCAAGCAUCUCCUCAGUUGUGGUCAAGUGGAACCU